GCCAGGAAAGAAAGGUCUUCUCCCGAAAACCUUCUUAUACGGUUUAGAAAGGCAUUUUCGUCCGUUCAGCGUUGCAAUCAGAAAGGCGUCUCGAAAGUGCAGACUGCCACGGACAUCAGUGUACUAUCAUCAUCCCUAUCUCGGGAGCUGCGGCAGAUACAGGCAAACCAUGAACGGUGUUGCUAUGAAUUUGCGCUGGAGAAUUCUUUGUUCAACCAGCUGGUUGAUCUAGCCCUUUCAAUGCCGAAAACUUUGGUUGCGAGAGAAGUCCUUAAGCUAUUCAUCGAGCUUGUGGAGAGCUCUUCAGAUCACGACGUUCCGGUCAUGGAUAAUCUCGUAUUUCGAGGAAGCUUAUUGCGGUUGUUAACGGGGUUCUCGAAAGUCGAAUUGACCGCAGAUACCCGAAAUCCCUUCGUGGAGUUGAUUUUCAUAAUCGUUUCGAGGUUACGUGUGAAUACUGAUGAAAUUGCGUACUGGUUCGCAACUUCCGAUCCGAAUACAGCCGAACCGGCUCGUUUCGUUCUCCUCGAUUUUCUUCGGGAUCAGUACCUCUCUUCUGAUUGCUCGGGAGGGUUUGCCCGUCAGGCUCUGUGUUAUAUCGUUGCGCUUGGCGAAGCCAGUGAAGAGCUAUAUGAUUGGUUGGCCCAGAGUUCAGAGUUUCCUGUCCUAAUUACAUGCAGUCUUGCGGCCAUGUAUUCCCAGUUGUCAAGAGCGGAGAUAUUUGACGAAAUAGAUGAAGAGUUUCCGGGAGGUUUAUCUAACGACUGGAAAGCUGGAUCCGACUCAGAAAACGCCGAAUCCUCAAGCCUUGCGGCAUUCAAAGAGUACCUUGUUUUCUUUCAAGAUUUGCUGCAAUACUCAAAGGGGGUUUUACGCUCGGACCUGCUGCAUGGGUUUCAAACCUUUUUCCUGGAACCCGUCUUAGGCCCGUCCUUUCACGACAGCUCAGGUUCAGAUAUAUCAUCAUCGGUAUCCGCGGUGACAUAUCUUGAGCUGUUGUUGAACGUUUUGGAUGACGAAGACCUCUUACACAUAUCUCUAACAUUUUUGCUAAGAUUCCUGCCGGCUAAGGCUCAGAAGCUACUGGCAACUAAUUCUUCAUCCAUCGCAACAGCUACCCUGCGUCUUGUCAUUGUCCUGUUUCGCAAGUGUUGCUCUUAUUCUGCCCCAGCAUUUCUGAGCGAAAGCAAUUUGAAAGAAAGCGAAUCUAAAAGCAUUCAGAUGCACGCUAGGGAAAUGGAUCUGUUGUCCGAGCUUUCCUCUACUGCGGAGUCGACUGGCUUCAGCAAAUGUUAUUCCGCAUAUCUCGCGGAUGCCUUAGUAUACCUAGAAUCACACGGCUGUUCUCACGGUCUUGUCCAUUUACUGGAUACAGUCUCGCUGGCGGAUGCAGUAGACGACGAUGACAUACUUCGUAUCCCUAUCGACAACGGCAAGCCAACGAACAUGAUGUUUUAUACAUUGCGAAGCGAAGAGCCUUUUGCUCGAACUCUAUAUGAUAUGUUCGGCUCCUUCUUCUGCAACAGCGUUCACGUCAACCUUCUUCUAACACGAUUUGUGACGGAGCUUGCUUGUUGUAGCCGAGUCGACUUGGAAGGCUGGCUCCUUUACGCGGAUAUUAAUACCGAGGUCGGCGAUGUUCCCAGUCCGCGAAGUAUUCGCCCAGAACGGAAUGCAUUGCCUACACCACCCUUUCUCGCGAUAUUGAAGAUUCUGUCCGGUCAAGUUCGUCAAUACAAGACCGAAGUGGAGGACCUCCAAGAGCACCUUGCCAUUCGUAGGGAAGCUCUCGAUUUUAUGGAAGAACUUGGGGAUGCUCUUCAACCAUCUCCAGCCAUGCAGACUUUCCGGCCGAAUAGAGCAGGAUCGAUUCAAUUCACUGAUAAUGAAGAUUCCAGAUCGAAUGAUGUAACACUUGCCGAGUCAGCGCCGGUGUCAAGUUUGAGUUUGACACCUGAACGCUCAGGGGCGAACAAGAUUCCGUCAACACCGACGCGUCCACCAUCGAGUUCGGCGAACUCUCCGUUCGUAGAACACUUCUCAGCUACGAAGAAGAGGAUCUCUUCCAUCCGUCCGAUUUCAACAUCGGCUCUGGACGUAUCCGGUACAACAUUCACCUCCACCACAGCUGAGGGCUCCGGUAUGGCAUUGGACGAUAUCUUCGCACCUGUACAAUCUUCCACCACGGAGAUCACGCAAUCGCCACCAACUCUCAGUGUUUCCCAUCUUUGCAAUAAUAUCAUCAUUUUCGAGGAGUUCGUCAAAGAAUUGAGAGCAGUAAUUCAGCAUCGACGAGCAUACUAUGAGUCUUUGAAAUUUUGAGGGCGUUCAAAAGCAUACCCUAGAUUCCCGUUGAACGGUGUUGUGCAUAGCUAGUUCAAUAAAUCACGACCUACUUGAGCAUCUACU